UAGGUAUCGCAAGUUCUCAUAUCGAGCGGAUUGUUUGACUGAUACCGAACGUUAUCACAUCUCGUGUAAAAGAUAGUGUAUUAUAAUCACAUCACUCAUAUUUCCACAGAUUUCUACUGCAAAGUUUCAAAGCAUAGGAAUAGACGGCAAGGACCACGAGUCGACGGAGGCGGCGGCGAAGGGAUAAACUCGCACUAUAUAUAUUAUACAACAUGAGAGGAACGGUGCUGGCCGAACUGUUGCUGCUGGGCAUCGCCGUCGGGUUCCAGCGGGGUCCGCACCAUCCGAGGGCCGCCGUGUCUGGCGAACCGAGAAUCGAGAGCAACCACCACGAGCACAAACACCCCAAGCCCAUGGGCGACACGAAGUUCACCCAAGACAAACCGAUACUGCACGACAAGAGACACAUAGAAGAAGAUCUUGGACUUCCAGACAUAGAUGACAGUAAUUUAACAGAUGAAGAAUUAGAAUUUAGAUAUUUCAUCGCUCAUGACUAUGAUAAAAACACAAUGCUUGAUGGAUUAGAAUUAAUGUCUGCGUUUGCUCAUAACAUGGAAAACUACGGUGAUACAGAAACAAAGAAAUCAAAUUUAGAAAAUUAUACAGAUUUAGUUGAUCAAAUACUGUAUGAUGAUGAUACAAAUUAUGAUGGAUUUCUCAGCUACACUGAGUAUGUGAUUGCCAAGAACAAGCAUUUGCAAAAUGUAUAAAAUAAUAUAUUUCUUCUUUAAUAUGCAUUGUUUAUUAUAAGUUAAGUAUUAUUUCAAACAUAAAUUUUAAUAUGUAUGUUUUAGUUGUUUUUUUCAAUAACUAAUUUGACAUUGUUGUAAUAUCUUCAGAAGUAAUUAACAAUCCUCGUUCCCAUAAAUCAUUCACAAGCUGCAUAACCUGGAACAUAUUUAUGUUAAUAAGUAUAAUAUACCUUUA